AUGGCGAUGGACGGUAUGUCCACGUCUCCAGCGGGGCUCUCGUUCCACAAUGGUUCUGACUUUUAUCCGAGGAAGCUGGGCCCGAAGCCGGACGUGGUGCCGUCCGGCGUAACGGAGAGGAAAGUCGGAGUCGUAGACAAGCCUGACAUGGUGGCGGUGGAUGUCAUUAACUUCCAGGACUCGGACACACCUAUACACCGGAAGAAGCAGGAAACAGACACCUAUGUUCUGGGCACCAUUCACCCCUUCCGCAAGAAGCACAAGUCCUUCGUGGGAAAGUUCGUUCAAGAGUUCAAUCUGGUUGCCUCGGAUCGAAGGUCAUGGAAGAUCUUGCUCUUUGGGGUGCUGAAUGUGAUUUGCACAGCCUGCCUGCUGAUGUGGUGCAACUCCACAAACAGUAUGGCUUUAACUGCUUACACUUACCUCACCAUCUUUGAUCUCUUCAGUUUGAUCACCUGCCUGAUAAGCUCAUGGGUGACUAUGAAGAAACCAAGUCAGCUCUUUUCAUUUGGUUUCGAGCGGUUCGAGGUGCUGGCGGUGUUUGCCUCCACAGUGCUGGUUCAGCUGGGCGCUCUGUUUAUUCUCAAGGAGAGUGUGGAGCGAUUCAUGGAGCAGCCGGAGGUGCACACGGGGCGCCUUUUAGUCGGGACCUUUGUGGCUCUCUUUUUUAACCUGUUGACUCUGCUUUCGGUGAAGAACAAGCCGUUCGUCUACGUAUCUGAAGCUGCCAGCACCAGUUGGCUCCAGGAGCAUGUAGCUGACCUGAGUCGAAGUCUCUGUGGGAUCAUCCCAGCAUUGAGCAGCUUUCUUUUGCCCCGAAUGAAUCCCUUCGUCCUGAUCAACAUGGCUGGGGCGUUCGCUCUUGGGAUCACUUACAUGCUGAUUGAGAUCAACAACUACAAUGCAGUGGACACGGCCUCCGCAGUGGCGAUCGCCCUGAUGACCUUUGGUACAAUGUACCCCAUGAGUGUGUACAGCGGAAAGGUCCUUCUACAGACCACACCUUCUCAUGUCAUUGGUCAGCUUGACAAACUCCUCAGAGAGGUCUCUACGCUGGAUGGAGUUUUAGAAGUGCGGAAUGAACACUUCUGGACUGUAGGCUUUGGCUCUUUGGCUGGCUCCAUCCAUGUCCGCAUUCGCCGGGACGCCAACGAGCAGAUGGUCUUGGCCCACGUGACCAACCGCCUCCACACACUGGUCUCUACGCUGACCAUUCAGAUCUUCAAAGACGACUGGACCCGCCCAUCCCUGGCGACUGGCGUUUUGCCAGCCGGCACACUUAGCGGGUCGGAUUACGGUGCCGCGUCUGGGUUCCUCCCCCCGGCCUUGUCCAAACAGGCCGAGGAGCUGGACCCCCUCACCUCCACCCCGACCAAGCCGAGCAGCCCGCCGCCCGAGUUCUCCUUCAACACCCCUGGAAAGAACGUCCAGCCUAUGGUGUUACCAAGCACCCAUCAGCACAGGCCCUACAACCUGGGCCUCGCUUACGGGGCCGCACCCUACACCAGCAUGCUCAACCAAGGCUUCGCACAGCCAGGCAGCGGCCUGGGGGUUGGAGCUGGCUUAGGAAUGGGAGCACGACUUCCCUCAGUCCAGGGCUACAGAACUUCGUUCAGUGCAGCUCCGCAUAGAUACGGAAGCAACCUGCUGCCUUCACAGACGAGCCAGUACAGACCCUGAUUUGAGCACCAGAGCCAUUGCCCUAUAACGCUGGGCUAGAAACAAGCUGACCUACAGAGGAUGCUGACUGUAACUGAAAUCUAUAUUUAUUUAAUAGGACCAAGGCUUACACGUCUUAUCCUUAAUGGAUUUUCUAAUUGUAUUCUCCUUUUUUGUACUAUUAAACCGACCACAGGCAUAAUGGGACUGUACGACUGUGCUGUUUUCCACUGUCUUUGCUAUAAGAGGAUUGCUAAGAGGCCCGUGGUCUUAGUAUUGUAACUUUUGGAUUCUUUCAGAAAGUUAAUCUACUUUUAUGCCGGAUGUUGUGCAGUUUAAACAGGGGUCGAUUGUUUGAACAGGGUCCAACUCAUUGUCUGACCUCGGUGCUCGGUUAAGGGGGUUUGAUCCCAUGUCAAAAAAAACUUUUAUUUGGGAACCUAGUAAUUCCAUACUUGACUAAUAAGUGGUGAACUGAAUGCAUUUAAAUGACACUCGAAUUCUCAUGCAUUAAAAUAAUGGUGGCUAACCAAACUGCAGCCUGGCGUAAGAGGAUUACUUUAUUACCAGCAUCCACAGAAAUCAGAUAGUCGUGUCAAGUGAUGAUGCAUUGGGUUUUGAUGGAAAACAUGACCUCAGCUGAGACCCACCUGCAACCAUGAUGUGAUAUUUGCAUUUAUUAAGCAAAUGUUUCAAACCAAAAAGGUGGACAUUUGGGUAUUACUGCUAUUAUUUUAUAUGUGUAGCAGUAAUAGCAACCAAUAUAGAGCUUUCAAAACAGUACGGCCAACUUUGGAACCAAUAUUUUAAGCUGUUUGUCCCAUUGAUUUCAGGGCACAGGGAUUCUGAUGUUACGUUGACUUGUAAAUUACUUUUUCCCUUUCAACAAGUGUAUGAACUGAAGCAAAUGUCCAUAUAGUGCAAAUAUGUGUGGUUACACUUUAAACCGGGUCUAUUCUGUACAUGAAAGCUCAGUUAUUCCAGAGAAACCCACAAGUCCAAAUUGUUCACUGUGGUUUUGAUAGGAACCGGACGUCCCAAGUCUUUAAUGCCUCUCCAAGCUCCUUCACAUGAAGCUUUUCAUUAAACGGUUAUGGAUAUAUGCUGUCUGAUGCUUGUAAUAUUGUUCAAAAAGAAGGUUUUGGCCUAAAAUAUAAAUAUAUAUAUAUAUUUUAAACAUUAAUGGUAAAGAGGUACUCGCAGGGCGCUGUAAGGCGAAGUUAGUAUCCAAAUAAAACGUAUCUUUUUAGAUUUAUGUCCAUUUUACUGUCGACAUUACACAUAAAAACUUGUAGGUUCACUGGAGGUUUUGGUCUGUAUUCUGAACUACAGUCUGGCCUCACGGAGAGCAGGCUGACCAGGUCAGCAGAAAGCUAACAGGCCAAUAACAUUCAGGCAGGAUGUAAAACUUCAGAUGUCUACUUAAGUUUCAGAGCUUAAAUGCUGUGUUGACUGUCGAUGUAAAUAAAGUAUUUUAUUUAA